GCUUACGCUCGCGCUGGAGCUGCGCCUGAUAAGUGUCCAGUACAAACCAGAACAACGAUUUCAAGCUUUGUAAGUAGUUUUAAAAAUUGGGAAAUGGACCAGAAAGACACAGAAAUGAACGAAAAAGGAGUUUCUUCUUCUACCAGCGGAGUUGUUGUUCAAGUCAGGGAGAAGAAAGGAGCUUUACGCGCUGCCAUCCCCUAUAUGCCUUUCCCAGUAGCUGUCAUCUGCCUGUUUCUCAACACAUUUGUGCCCGGACUGGGUACAUUCAUCUCAGCCUUCACGGUUCUGUGCGGAGCAAGGACAGACCUUCCCGACAGGCCCAUGUGCUGCGUUUUCUGGCUGAACAUCGCAGCCGCCUUCAUCCAGAUCAUCACAGCCAUUGUCAUGGUGGGCUGGAUCAUGAGCAUAUUUUGGGGAAUGGACAUGGUCAUUCUCGCAAUCUCUAAAGGCUACAGGGAGCAGGCCGCCCCUCAGCAGCUCUGAUUGCUGUCCUCCAAACCUAAUCUUGAAUGUGCACCUUUCUCCUGUGCUGUCCGGCCAACACGAAUGGGAGCUUUUUGAGACGACCCCCACAUGGCCUGGGAGAUCCAGGGGUUGAUCACUUGCAGAUUCUCACCCCAACUCCUGCUACUUCCUGUCAGGUACUGCAUUCAGGGCACCUGACUGUUGAGGGACAGCAGAAGAGCAUGAACAUCUGUGAAUAUCUCUAAAAAAUGUGCCGAACACAUCCUAUACCUGUCAGGGAAAACCGAUCUUAAUCGUACACUUUAGUCUUAAUGUAUGUAUUAAAUUGACCAAUAUACACUACGGACAUUUGCAGUUUGUAAAAUAAAUAUUUGUUAAAAAGCUUCGAGGUAUCUAAUGAAGUAGCUGAAAGAAUCUUAAAGGAACAGUUCACCCAAAAAUGAAAAUCUGUCAUUAUUUACU